ACGGUAGGUGGCGACAUGCACUAAAAGUGGUGGUGGCGAGCCGCCAUAAAAAAAAUAGACAAAGAAGAAGAAAACGAAGAAGAAGUAAAAAAAAAAGCCGGAAAAAAGGCUACAAGAAGAAUAACACAAAUGACAAAUAAUAAUUCUGACAUUAUGAUGGCCCGGGACUCUGCCAAUGGAGAUAUUUUUGACUGCAUUGUCAUGGCGGAUGAAAAGUUCCGCGGCGACGGGUACCAUGAAGGCUUUCAGAUAGGGACCGACCAGGGGCUGCAAAUCGGCCGAAGACACGGGGCUUCUCAUGGGGCGAAACUCUUCACCGAGAUUUCCUUUUAUCAUGGCUUUGCUGUUACAUGGAAAUGUCUUCUUCAACGCAGAGUAGACAACAAACUAAAAAAACGGCUAAAAGCCGUCGUGUCUCUUCUGGACAUGAUCCAAAAUUGCAGCUAUGAAGACUCACAAUCUACUAAGCUACAGGAGGAUGUGGACAGGCUUCGAGGCAAAUUCAAGCAGGUCUGUUCCAUCCUCGGCAUCCAAACGGACUUCAAGGAUUACAGAAAACUCGCUCAAGGGGCUACCUUCUAAAUCUUUUCGGAGAAGGACCAAGAGCUCGGCCAAUGUCCGAUUCAGAGUCUGGAACCAUCUUGCUACAUGUGAACAGUACAUGGUGGCUGCUGAGUCAGCGUGUCCUCCUGUAGAAGACAAAGGAGGCCACCAAAAUCACGGACGCCACCAAGGUGAGCGUCCUCCAGCGAGACCACACGCGGAUCACUCCUUCCUGCAAGGCAAGACACAAACAUCAGGUGGAUUCAUCCAGCACUGUUGGUCAUGUGACUCACCCAGCCUCCCUGCUGGACCAGCCAAUUGUAGAGCUGCUCUCUGAUGACUUGCAGCACCCAGCUGAUGAUCAGGCGGAUGUUCUCCAGAUGGUUGGUGGUCAGAGCCUUGAAAGGCAAACAUCACAUGUUUCAACUGGGAAAAUGUCCUUUCGCUAAAGAUGGCCACCGAUGCCGAAAGGCCGAGCUCAAAGGCUAACAGUUAGCACGCUAGCCGGAUAGUGACAACAUCAGUGACUCUUGGGUGGAGACCUGCAGAACCAGCUAGCAUACUAGCAUGCUAACAUUAGCGUGUCAAUGGUUAACAGAAAAUAAUAAAAACAAUUACAAAAUA